AUGAACCGGAUCAUACGGCCUCUUACCGUGACUAUGGUGAAGGUAGUCAUUUGCAGAACAAAUGUGAAGCCAGAAUCCGGCAACGAUCAUUGUGUAACUUGUGACCGUAUGGGCGCACCGAGAGUUAUCUAUAAGUCUGGAUCCGAAUCCUGUGCUGAUCAGUUGAUCGGAGGAAUGCCAUCCUAG